GUCUUCAGUUGACAACAUGAUAUUCUUGUUAUUGUUUUGUUUUCUGCCCAUCUGUCUAUACUUCUAUUUCACAAGAACAUUCGAUUAUUGGAAAAAGAAAGGAAUUAAGGGCCCCAAACCGAUGGUGCUUUUUGGGAAUUUUAAGGAUGUGACCCUGAUGAGGGAUUUGGAAACUUUCGAAAUGAAAAAAAUUUGCAACGAAUACCGCAACGAGCCGCUUUUGGGUGUCUACAGAAUGACUUGCCCGUGGUUGGUCGUUAAGGAUCUGGACAUGAUAAAACACAUCCUCAUAAAAGACUUCGAUCUUUUUUCUGACCGUGGUGUUCCAUUGACGGAUAAAAAAUUAAACAGAAAUCUCUUCUCAUCUGAGACGGAGACGUGGAGGGUUUUGAGACAUCAAUUUACGCCUCUAUUCACGAGCGGUAAACUCAAGAAUAUGCUGCAUUUGAUCACUGAACGAGGUGAUAAGUUUCUGGACUACGUUGAUGAGGUAACGAAAACCGAACCCGAUCAAGAAUUGCAUGGUCUCAUUCAACUGUACACUCUGAGUACAAUCGCAGCCUGUGCAUUCGGGAUAGACGUUGACUUGACCACAAACAACAGUUUCCUGAGUUCACUUCGUGAUGUCGACGACCUGAUAUUCAAAAGAAGGAGCAUCCAGGAUAUCAUCAUUAUGUAUCCAAACCUGUUUUUAAAUCUGAGAUCGUUGAAAUUUGCGAGAAAUCUCAACAAUUUCUUCGAGGACCUAGUUGCGACUGUCAUGAAGCAGCGAAAUGGAAAAUCAAUAAAUAGACACGACUUCAUGGAUUUAAUUUUAGAUUUGAGAAGCAAAGGCAAAAUCUCAGGACCUAAAAGGGAAGAUUCUAAAGAGUUAACACUAGAGAUUACAGAUGAUAUAAUAGCGGCUCAAGCGUUUGUAUUUUACGCUGCCGGAUACGAAACGAGUGCGACGACGAUGUCGUUUAUGCUUUACGAGUUGGCAAGGAAUCCGAAUAUCCAAGAGAAACUUCACCAGGAAAUAGAUGAGGUACUCGGAAGUAGUAAUGGUGAAGUAACCUACGAUACUUUGAGUAAGCUGCCGUAUAUGGAAAAAGUGUUCGAUGAAACUCUUAGAGUGUAUCCACUGGUGGAUCCUUUACAACGAAGAGCGAAAAGUGAGUAUAGGAUCCCAGGUACAGAUAUCACAAUAGAAAAAGGUCAAAUUGUGGUCGUUCCAGUGAGGUACAUACAUUACGACGAAACAAUAUACCCUAAUCCAGAGAAAUUUGAUCCCGAAAGAUUCGAUACUAAAGUAUCAGCAGCUAGGCACGCUUGCGCAUACAUGCCAUUUGGACUUGGACCAAGGAAUUGUAUAGGUAUGCGGUUUGCAAAGGUACAGUCCAGGGUUUGCAUCUUGAAGCUGCUGUCUAGGUUUCGCGUGGAGCUGAUGGAUGAUCAGAAUAUGACAUUCGACUGGAAAAGAGCAAUCAUCAGUCCCCGCAAAGGAUACAAAUUGAAAUUCUGCGCAAGAAAAAAUAUGUGUAAAUAAUUUUAUAGUAACAUUUAUAUUUUAUACUAUAAUAAUAAUAACUAAGGAUCCGUCUGUGGCUGAAAUAGUUCUUAUUGUCGGUUUGAAACUUUAAUGGAUUCUUAAUACCUCCUAAACGAAAAAAUAUAUAAAAAGUUUUUGGUACAUGCAAAAUAUUUAAUUAAUGUCAAACAGAUUGCCAAAAAAAUGUGUAAACUAGUUAAUUCUUGAUAGUGUAAGCGUAGAUUCUGUUUGAUAGUGGAUGUUGUUGUUAUUGUAUUAUCAUUAUCAUUGUACUGCUUAUCUUUAUAAAAUACUAGCU